GACACUGGCCCUCUCCAGGGCAGGGCCUGGCCCAGUGUUCCCUGAGGGACCACCCAGUGGCCCCCGUGGAGCAGUGUGGCUGGAAACGAGCACAGUCCUCCUCACUGUCUUCCCACCGUCUCUGGCAGACGGCUUUGCAGGCCUGACCAGCCAGUCCUUGCUGGAGGCCCCUGGUGUGAGCCGGAGAGACCAUGUCCAAGACCCCCAGCUGCCUGCUGCGGCUGCUGCGGGGGGCCCUGAGGCAGCGGGUCUGCACCGUGUAUAUCAUCGGCUUCAAGUUCACAUGCCUCAUCUCCGUCAUGAUCUACUGGCAUGUCGUGGGGGAGCCCAAGGACCAAGAGCAGCUCUAUACCCUGCCCGUGGACAUCUCCUGCCCCCGCUGGGCACCCCCAACCUCACCCUCUAGCACCCUCCCUCCGGGCAACAUCUUUUUCCUGGAGACCUCCGACAGGAUCAGCCCCAACUUCCUGUUCACGUGCUCGGUGGAGUCGGCCGCCAGGGCCCACCCCGAGUCCCGGGUGGUGGUCCUGAUGAAAGGGCUGCCCGGCAGCAACGCCUCCCUGCCCCGGCACCUGGGCCUCUCCCUUCUGGGCUGCUUCCCCAACGUCCAGCUGCUCCGGCUGGACCUGGAGGAGCUGUUCAGAGACACACCCCUGGCCGCCUGGUACGCGUCGGGGCGCAGGCGCUGGGAGCCCUACCUGCUGCCCGUGCUGUCUGACGCCUCCAGGCUGGCGCUCUUGUGGAAGUUCGGGGGCAUCUACCUGGACACGGACUUCAUCGUCCUCAAGAGCCUGCGGAACCUGAGCAACGCGCUGGGCACCCAGUCCCGCUACGUCCUCAACGGCGCCUUCCUGGCCUUCCAGCGCAGGCACGAGUUCCUGGCGCUGUGCAUGCGCGACUUCGUGGCCCACUACAACAGCUGGGUCUGGGGCCACCAGGGCCCGCAGCUGCUCACGCGGGUCUUCAAGAAGUGGUGCUCCAUCCGCAGCUUGGACGAGAGCCAGGCCUGCCGUGGCGUCACCACCCUGCCCAGCCAGGCUUUCUACCCCGUCCCCUGGCAGAACUGGAAGAAGUACUUCGAGGACAUCAGCCCCGAGGAGUUGCCCCGGCUGCUCGGCGCCACCUACGCCGUCCACGUGUGGAACAAGAAGAGCCAGGGCACACGCCUCCAGGCCACAUCCAGGGCACUGCUGGCCCAGCUCCAGGCCCGCUACUGCCCCACCACGCAUGAGGCCAUGAGGAUGGGCCUGUGAGGGUCGCCAGGCUGCCGCCCCACCUGCAACCUUCCCGGGGAGGUCUGGGAGGGGCCUGAGCCGCUGCACAGGAAGGCGGGCUGUGGAGGGGGUGCUGUGGGAGCACGGGCUCCAGCCCUCCCAGCUGCAGCCCUCCCAGCCAGCGUGAGGCUGGUGGGUGCCCCCGGCCACCCCUUCUCAGGGCAGAGGCUGACAGGGGUGCAGAUUCGGCCGAGUGAGCCCAGGGGCAUGUGGGCCUUCAUACAGCAGACCAGGGGAUCGAACCUCAAAGCACCUUCUGGGGCAGC